UGCUGUAAUUCAAUUGUAGUAACAAGCAAUGUCUGUGUCUUUUCUAACUUUCUGUUUCCAUAAGUACUUGCAGUUCUAUCUAGGGAAACGGUACAAAGCCCUAAUGUGACUGUUGCAUUUCUCACAUCAUUAACCCUGCAGGAAGUGUUAGGAAAUUGAAGGAAUCCCUUCUUCACUUACGCAAACUGCCAAGGAGGAGCAAUUGGAACUUUAAUCUGAUAAUGAGUGGAUCUGACAACUUCUGAUCUAGUAUACGUACCUGAUGAAAAUUUAAAAGAAAGUGUUCAGUAACUAUCCUAAUUACACCAACUUACCCUUGAAGAUUUUUAACGAAAUAACCAGUAUCAAAAUAGAUCCUCUACCAAAUGUUCAUCACGUGGUUUUUAGUCUUUUUCAGGUUUUAAAUCGGAUCCCAUUGUGUGCAGUGUCUUGGCAAACAAUAGUUAACCCUUUGGUUCGUGCAGCUCCAAAGCUGAGGCUGUUGGUGCUCCUGCAGAGUGCAACACUGUUCAGGACAUCUGAAUUCCUGGUGCCAAAGGGUUAACGGUUCUGGGGGUUUAUUGCAAUGCUAUGCAGCCCUUGUAUUUAAGUUAAGUGGCAAUCUCUGCCAUUUUCUGGUCAUAAUUAGCAUAAUGCUAAGUACUGGUGUGUUUUCUUUUUCAGGCACAUGUAGAUUUGUUUUUGUAUAAAGUUACUUUCCUUGGUAUCUGAUGAUUGGUUUAAAAAUUAAAGACGCGUCUGGUGUGGGUGCUGAGCCAGGAUUCUGUUGUGACUGAUGUACAUUAGUUGUAAUCAUUUUUGGGGUGGGGUGGGACCUUUUCCAGGGGGGAGCCUCUACAAGUUACACACAGCAGUUUUGUACAAUUAAUUUAAAAUUUGUUACAGGUUUUCAUGUUCCAGGUAAAGAUUUUGCAACCUUGGGCAAACACUGGCAGCAGUUCUUCAGCAAGGUGGAGUUACACCUUAUGGCAACUGUUGUGUGCCAAUAUUUUUGUGUAAAACACUUAAAUUGAAUUAUAAGAUGUACAUUUAAAAUUGCUUGUGAAUCUAAAUAUGACCCAGGUUCGAUAAAUAAACAAAUUCUUAAAAAAAAAAAAAAAAAAGAUAACCAAACACCACGCUCUGUAUUUAUUUUUUCUGACGCUUUAUGGAGGUGCUGCUUUGCACUCUAAAUGUUUUUAUCAGGGUCCCUGGGUAUCCCGAAUUCAUCCAGCCAUGAGCUGGUGUUGGGGGCAGGUUGAAGAAGUUAUGGUUCUUUGGUGCUGCUCACUGUGCCAUUGGGUGUUACAGUGCUGCCGUGGGGCCCACAGAAGUGCUCUGACGGUCCCCAUGCUAUACAACUGGGAUUGUUGGCGCUCUGCGGAUCGGUGCUCGCGGUGGAGCCCCUUGGGGGAGGCGGAGGAACCUUUCUUAUAGCGGAACCAAAGCGUUGCGGUGCGUGUUUCCGGCCGUUCCCUUCUACGGCCGGAAGUGGGGGACGAGUUCCGGCUUUGCGCGCCGCCCGCCAAGAUGGAGGCGGUGACUGAGGGCGCUUGGUCCGCGCUGCCCGUGGCGCUGAACCCGGGCGUCCUGCGGGCGCUGCAGGAGCUCGGCUUCGACCGCAUGACACCGGUGCAGUCUGCGACCAUUCCGCUCUUCAUGAGUAACAAAGACGUCGCUGCAGAAGCGGUAACGGGCAGUGGCAAAACCUUGGCGUUUGUGAUUCCCAUACUAGAAAUUCUUCUCAGACGGGAAGAAAAGUUAAAGAAAAUGCAGGUUGGAGCUAUAAUUAUCACACCAACGAGAGAAUUAGCUAUUCAAAUUGAUGAGGUGCUGACACACUUCACAAAACACUUCCCCAAGUUUAGUCAGAUUCUUUUAAUUGGUGGUAGGAAUCCCAUGGAAGAUGUUGAAAAGUUUAAAGAACAUGGGGGGAACAUCAUUGUAGCUACACCAGGUCGACUGGAGGAUCUGUUCAGAAGGAAAGCAGAUGGGCUGGAUCUAGCAAGCUGUGUGAAAUCUCUCGAUGUGUUGGUAUUGGAUGAAGCUGACAGACUUCUCGAUAUGGGCUUUGAAUCAAGUUUAAAUGCCAUUCUGGCCUUUUUACCCAAGCAGAGGCGGACGGGUCUGUUCUCAGCCACUCAGACACAAGAGGUGGAGAACCUGGUGAGAGCAGGGCUCCGGAAUCCUGUCCGCAUCUCGGUGAAAGAGAAGGGAGUGGCAGCAACCAACACACAGAAAACUCCAACACGCCUGGAGAACUAUUAUAUGAUAUGCAAAGCAGAUGAAAAAUUUAAUCAGUUGGUGCAUUUUCUUCGACAGCACAAGCAGGAAAAACAUCUGGUCUUUUUCAGCACGUGUGCCUGUGUGGAAUACUAUGGAAAGGCUUUGGAAUCCUUAAUUAAACAAGUGAAAAUAAUGUGCAUUCAUGGGAAAAUGAAACACAAGCGUAACAAGAUUUUCACUGAGUUUCGAAGGCUCCCGGGUGGGAUUUUAGUUUGUACUGAUGUGAUGGCCCGUGGCAUCGACAUCCCAGAAGUACACUGGGUUUUACAGUAUGACCCACCUAGCAGUGCAAGUGCCUUUGUGCAUCGCUGUGGUCGAACAGCACGGAUUGGAAAUGUUGGCAGUGCACUUGUAUUUUUGCUUCCCAUGGAAGAAUCUUAUAUUAACUUUCUCUCAAUCAAUCAAAAGUGUCCCAUGCAGGAAAUGAAACCACAGAGAAAUGUGUUAGAUCUUCUUCCAAAACUGAAGUCUAUGGCUCUCGCUGACAGGGCAGUGUUUGAGAAAGGGAUGAAAGCAUUUGUCUCUUACAUCCAGGCUUAUGCCAAACAUGAAUGCAAUCUGAUCUUCCGAAUAAAAGAUCUGGACUUUGCUAGUCUUGCUAAAGGCUUUGCCUUGUUAAAGAUGCCAAAGAUGCCUGAGCUAAGAGGAAAAUGUUUUCCAGACUUUACUCCAGUCACUGUUAAUACAGACUCCAUUCCAUUUAAGGAUAAAAAUAGAGAAAAACAGAGACAAAAGCAACUAGAACAACAAAGAAAGGAAAGACAGGAAAGUGGAGGAAAAAAGAAAUUCAUAAAAAACAAAUCCUGGUCAAAGCAGAAAGCCAAAAGGGAGAAGAAGAAGAAAAUAACAGCUAAAAGGAAGCGUGAAGAGGGCUCUGAUAUGGAAGAUGAGGACAUGGAAGAGUUGCUGAAUGACACGAGACUCUUGAAAAGAUUAAAAAAGGGAAAAAUUAGUGAAGAAGAAUUUGAGAAGAGACUAACAAGUAGCCAGAGUAAAUUCAAAGAAGAAGCUGCUGUUGACUGAGACUGAAUGUUGACAUUUAUUCUAACUGAACUUUUACAUUAAGAUACUCCUUGUUUCAAUAAAACUGUAUUUUUAUAACAAAA